AUGUCACAGAUCCAAGAAGCCAUCGAGAUCCUUCGCGACCCAACCCGUCGCUUGAAACAUGACCAGGAGCUCUCCCGGUUCAAGCGUGUCUCCAUUGAGGAGUACUUCGAGUUUGAUGCGCCCUACACCGGCUGGAGACCCCAUGGUCCCAUGUGGGAUGGCGUACACUCCGCGAGUGACCGGUACAUGUACAGCUAUGGCAACAGUGUACACAUGAAUCCGAACUGUCAGGAGUCCCAGGAGGAGAAGGAACGAGUGGAACAUGAGAUGAGGUUUGAUGAGAAUGUCAGAAUGAGGGAGGAAGAGGAGCGCCUCAUGGCAAAGCAGAGAUCUGAGGAGGAGGUGCUGAAGGAAGAGAGACGUCGAAGGGCGAUGAGGGCGAGAAUAAUAAGGGAUGAAGAGUUCAUGGCAGAGGGACACGCGCUGGAUGAUGAUUCCAAGGAGGGCCGUUCUGAAGGAGCGGCUCGUCCGGGUUACGGAGGCGAGGAAUCUGACUUCUACCGGGGACAAGAGUAUGUCCAAGAGGGAGAGUAUUACCGUUAUUACCACUGGAAAUGCGACGAGGGCUUUGCUGCGCAUAACAAUGCCCAAGACGACCUGCUCAACUUCCAAGACAGUGCAUACGAAGGUGCCGGCCAAGCCAGUGGAAGCGAGUAUGAAGACCAUGAGUAUUAUGAGAACGAAGAAUCCUACGAAGACCACGGUGUCAAUGAAGACGCAUCCUCCAACCAUUCCACCCAACCCACUGCUACUGAAUACAACACUGCACAUCGUGAGCGCACCAUAUUCAGCUCCAUCAAUCUUGCUACGGACGAAAGCAAGCUCUCAGAUUCUCAAUAUGAAACCAGCAGGGAAGAUGCUUCAGAAGAUGAUGCAUUCUACUACUCCUUCAGCGAGCAUACCCAGUCCGUCAACAGCACAGACACCUCCAGUAUGGGUCAAGAGCAGCCCGCUGUUGCAGAAGACAACUACAUCAGAGUCGACACGGAUCUACACUCCAAACUUGCCCCGUUCCUGCCACUAUUCGAGUCAAAAUUAAACCACCCGAGUGGCCUGUACACCCGUGCCGAUAUGCACAGCGAGCUGCGUGGCAUUGUGAUGGAGACAUUCUGCGGUUGGCUUGAGAACCUGCGCCUGGGAUUCUCGGAAGUCGACACUCAGAGCACCUUCAGCCAUAGCGCCUUCGAUGAUCUGUAUGAUACCUCGGAUACCUGUGAUCAUCUUGGAUACUGGACCAAAGAAUAUGGACGUGACGAGUGCGAGGUGUGUCAUCGAUGGAAGCCCAUCUUUACGCUGACCUGCCCCAGUUGCGGUCUCAAGGCGUGUGUAGUCUGCAAAUUUCGGUGCUGAAACAGCUUGAUCUGGCAUUUUGCUCGAUGAGGGGAUGGGGAGAUCGCGGAUUGUGGGUUCUUUCUUGUUUAUGAGGGGGAAAUUGGGGGUUUGCUGAUUACGACCUGAUGUUACUGGUUACUUUGGUCUUUACUGCGAACUUGUUAAAUGGCAUCACGAGGAUAAUAUGGUAUCAGCGAUUUCGGUAGCUUACAUGAACCAGCGGUUGACAUGAAACUCCUUUUCCUACGUAGUAACGUACUGAACGAUCUGCUGCGGACGUCAAUAAGAGUGAAAUAACGUUCUACCUCCAAAAGAAAUGGAUAGUGCACUUUGGAAUAACUUCCAUGUGACCUCGCAGUGAGUCGAUUAUUCUAAAGGGAGGAGAAGAGAAACCCCAAUACAUAGAACACGACCCAAG